AUGCUUUCUCAACGUCUCGCACGAUCUAUCCCGGGCUACACCCGACAGUGUAUUUCGCAGUGCAGAUCAUCGACAGCGCCAUUCAUCACAGCUUCAUCACGAGCCGCGCGACCCGUUGCGACACAAACUUUCGCCGCACGGCGAUGGUACUCCUCGGAGAAGAUCUCGGAAGAUGCCAACAACGAGUCAAAUAAAGAGCAGGCAGAGCUGCUUGGUGCAGAGGACAAGGCGAAGCUUGAUGCCGCCUCCGCCGAAAACCCAUUGCAGAAGGAACUGGAUGCGAAAAAGAAGGAGGCUGUAGAGGUUACGGACCGACUGAAACGCUCCAUCGCGGACUACCGCAACCUCCAAGAGCAAACCAAGCGCGAAGUGCAAGCGGCCAAGGACUUCGCCCUGCAGCGGUUCGCCAAGGAGCUGCUCGACAGCGUCGACAACCUCGACCGCGCACUCAGCACCGUGCCGGCCGACAAGCUCAACAGCGACAACCAGGACCUCGUGAACCUGCACAGCGGUCUCAAGAUGACCGAGGACAUCCUCAUGAAGACGCUGGCGAAGAACGGCCUGCAGCGCUUCGAUCCCGCCGAGAACAACGACAUGUUCGACCCGAACCGCCACGAGGCUACUUUCCAGACUCCACAACCCGAUAAGAAGGAUGGAUCUGUGUUUUUCACCCAGUCCAAGGGUUUCUUGUACAAUGGCCGAGUCAUUCGGGCAGCGAAGGUCGGCGUCGUCAAGAACUCGUGA